GCCAAUCCCGCGCCUGCGCUCUGGGGUGUGGAGGCCAGCCCCUUAGCAACUGGUACCUCCGCAGCCUGAGCUCAACGCGCUACCCCCAUCCCCACCUCUUCCACCUCCAUCCUAUCCCGCCUAUGUCCCUGAUCCUCCGGCCCUGUGGCGGCCGGACGUCAAGAGAGAGGGAAACAAAACAAAACUAGGCCUCAACCUAGUCGCCCUUUGGGCCGACGGGAAGGUGGCCAGGUGGGAAGAUGAAGCAGUCCCUAGUGGAUGACACAGAGGAUGUGUCUCUUGAUUUUGGAAAUGAAGAGGAAUUGGCAUUGAGGACAGCUAAAAUCAGGCAUCCACUGGCCACCUUUUUCCACCUCUUUUUCCGAGUGAGUGCUAUCAUUACCUACUUGUUCUGUGACUGGUUCAGCAAAAGUUUUGUUGCCUGUUUUGUCACUAUACUGCUUCUCCUGUCCUUUGACUUUUGGUCUGUCAAGAAUGUGACAGGAAGACUCAUGGUUGGCUUACGGUGGUGGAACCAAAUAGAUGAAGAUGGAAAAAGUCAUUGGAUUUUUGAAGCCAAAAAGGUCUCUUUAAAUAAUUCAACUGGAACAGAAGCUGAAGCUAGAAUCUUCUGGCUUGGUCUGAUUAUUUGUCCAUUAAUCUGGACUGUAUUCUUUUUUAGCACCUUAUUCUCCCUGAAGCUCAAGUGGCUGGCACUUGUGAUUGCUGGAAUCUCCCUCCAAACAGCUAAUCUCUAUGGAUACAUCCACUGUAAAAUAGGAAUAGGAGGACAAAAAAGUAUCACUAAAGUCACAUCGAGGUUUCUAUCCCAGACAAUUUUUCAGAGAGAGUGUCAAGAUGAAUUUCAAAAGCCUGGUCUAGAGGGAAUGGAAACACACAAACAUUAAAUGAGAAUCAGUGGCUCCAGGAUAAGGUUCUGACACUGAAUUCACAUUUCUGAUCCACUGUGUAAUUUGGCUUCCUUUACCUUUUCACCCUUCCUGGUGUCACAGUAUCUUGAACUAGCUAUGCAUAUUUCUUUACUUGGAUCUUACACACUCUGUGUCCUCCUCGCACCCACCUUUGAAGCUUUUCUUGGUUGCUUCCACUAUAUUGGCCUCAUGAAUUCAUAACGCUUAAGGAAGUAUAUACCACUUGUUUGGUACUUUAUACUGUUUUUUGACUUCUUGCUAGUAUGGUGGAAAAGUGCUGGACUAAGAUGAUUUUGGUUCAAAUCUGAACUAAGCUCCCUACUAUUUAUAUUAUAUGAAGCUACAUUUGCUAAAAAAUGGAGAUAAUAUAUGCUGCAUUUCUCAGUGUUAGAAGGAUCAAAUGAGAAUAUAUGUGAAAGCACUUUGUAAACUAAAGUACAAAUAAAUGUACAAAAAAAAAGUACAAAAGUACAAAUAAAUGCAAAAUAGUUACUGUCCCAACUAGACAGUGCACUCCUUGA